AUGAAUGAAAACGAUGUAUUUCUAAUUGAAGGAUUAAAAUUCUAGAAGGGUAACAUAUAGUCUAUCAUAUUGGUUCCAUAAGGAAAUGGUUUGAAGAUGAUUGUAAGAAUAACAUUGAUUAAGAAGGCUUCUGAUCAUUCAUUGAUAUUAAAUAUUGAUUUUUGUGAUGAUGGUGUGAUAUUUGAUUGGAGUCCUUAUAAAAAAAACAAUAGUGAGGAAAAUCUGUAUUUUGAAAUAGAUUUUCAUGGAUAGUUAUUCAAAGUUUUUGGAACUUAAAAUUAAUUAGAUUCUAUGUAUGAAUAUUCUGCAGGAAAAUUUAUUUUCAAAAGGAAUGACAUUUACACUUUGGAUACUAUAAAUGAAACAAUGUCCACACAUCAAGUAUUUAUAAGUUUUAUUUCUAGUUAUCGACAAUAAUAAAUAGACUUAAUGGUAAAAAAUAUAUUGA